AUGAAGACACCUGGUUUAGAUUCUUUUUAUCAGUUAUUAAAGGCGCGCGUAUUUUACAAUACUGAUUAUCAGUCGUGGUUACUUGAUUACAUGAAAAAUGCAACACUACCGAUACAUUCAAAGAUUGGAUCCAUCAUUCAUGAGUUUGUCACAUGUACUUUUAUAGUAGAUAAAGUACAGAGAAUACCUGAGAAUAUCAUUAUAGAAGAGUUUCGCGAUUGCAACAUCAUCACACCUACACAAGUACUUUUGCUCUUUUAUGUCUUGACACAUAAUGAUUUCUUUAUUGGAUGUCGAACUGAACCUAAACUGAUUGCGCUUGUUGCUAAUACAUCCGUAGAGCAAACAGAGUAUUCUACAGAGUUAUUAGAUCAGAUCCCAGUUAAAUAUAUAUUAAAUCAUAUCGAAACAUAUCAAGACGGAAAAGCGUACAAAACGAUAUUCUCAGACAUACUCGCUUUGUCUGCUAAUUUGUAUCCAGAAUUGUUUGAUGUUACCAGCUUUUUGAUGCAAGAAGGAAAAGAAGUGGAUAUGAUGUGGGAUACAGACGUCAAGAGAAGAAAGACAAAACAAUUAGAGCCAGAAGAAUUAGUGUCUAUAUUAGUCCAGCAUGAGAGUAAACAGACAGAUGUGAUUGAUGCUUUAUCUCGACUAGAAUACGCACCUAUUAGUCAUGCAGAAGAAUAUGCAAAGUGUAUGAUAUCAACGCUUUUACCGCCUUGUCUGGAUGAAACGUUGGAUUCUAGAGUGGCCAAUUGUUUUGUAUCUGCAUGGGAAUCAUUCAAUCAUGUCAUACCGCACAGCUUAUGGACAAUGACAAUCAAUUUGCUAACAGGAGAAAAUCAUAGCUUGAGUGACUUAAUACAAGACAUUCGAACUGCAUUCAAAUGUGACGAACGAGUGUUUCGAUCUCAGUACUUACUGCCAAUUUGGUUGCAUAUUCUAAUGUGCUUACGUACAACAUCAAAGCAUCGUAUAUGGAAGAGAUAUCACUCUGUUUUUUCUAAACAAGUUAAUCGAAAUGACUUUAAUUCCCGCAACGUACUUGCGUUAACAAAUGCCCAAGAUACAGUCAUGCUUCAGUUACUCCUUGAGCUUUGUCUUGAAAGACCUCAAGAUAAAGAACAUCCUGAGAAACUACAUGAUGCAAGAAUACUAAUAUGCAAUUUUAUACACUCUAUUUUUAUUGAUGGCGACCGUGACAUGCUGCUUGCAAAGAUACUUCAUUUUCAAACCUACCCCAUUGAACUCAUUCCUAUUAUGGUUGACCUAAUACCUUCUUUAUAUAUUGUUCUUGGAUUCAUCCCAGAACUGACCAGGCAGCCUCAAGUAGAAAAGCAGGUAUUUGGCAUCCUCUUAGCUUGUCACCUUUGCGAAAAAUACCCACUUGAAAACUAUCUAAUGACUGCAGAGAAACAUGUGCUUCCAAGGCUUUUAAAGAUUGCAUUUCCAGUAACAAAAGAAGGACAGCCAUCAACGGUCUGUGUGCCAUCUGAAUUCCUUAUCAAGGCAAUUCCUGGCUUUGUUCAUCUUGCUCGAGCCUUUCCUCACUUUGGCCCUCAAAUAUUAGAAGCAUUUGAUAGUAUCGCAAAGGGACUACCUCAGCCAAAAGAAUUUAUUGGUCAAGAGAGAUUCGAGGGAUCUGGUGCAGGCUGA